CCUGUUAGUGGAGGCGGAAGGAGUUCAAGUUUUAUUCAGUUUGUUCUGAUAUGAUAUAAACAAAUGGAUUCUAUCGAUUCUAAAGGAGAUUAUGCGAACCCGCCAAGGAGAAGCACCAGACAAGCGCAUAAAAACGUUGUGUUUGGUGCUGAUGUGAGAGCCAGAAGCGCUCUGAAGCGGAAGCGAGCAGUGGAGAAGGACGCGGUCAGAGGAUCUGAAAUAAAGGACAGUGAUGCUGAAGAUGAAGAAACAGGGUCGCCAGGUAAGAUUUCAAGGCUACAGGUGGGAGAGGGUGCAGAAAAUGGACAUGAAAAUGGGGAUGAAAGUAUGACAGUGGAAAUGGAUGCAGCUGGGCAUACUGACCAGGAACAAGACAUGAGCUCAGAGGAUGAAAGGGAAAGUUGUGAGGCGACCAUGAGGACAGAGCCUGUCAUUGAGGAGCAAAGUAUCAUCAGAACUGUACGCGUUGGCAAUUUGGAAACAGAAGAAAUGAAGACGUUCUUGUGGAGCCAAAGGAUGCAAGAGCAUCGCCCAAAGCCGCCCAAAGUCAUAGGGGGACAAGACACGACUUCUGGUUCUCAGACUUUGUCUAAAGAGACUUCUAGAACAAGCCCUGCUUCUACCCUUGUCAGACCACCGGAGAACAGGCAGGAGUUUUUGACAACGAGGAGCAGUAUAAGACGAUACCAUAACAAAAUGGAGGAAAAAGCCAAAGAUGUUUCUAGUGCUGGCCUUCAGAACUGGGACAGGUAUCCUUACUCAGAAGGUCCAAUGAAACGCAUCCCCCAGACAAAUGUCAUUCCUGCUAAAAAACAACCCCUGCAACACAGAAAUGCAGAAUUAAAGAAACCGGUCACCACAAAAGCAUCUUCAGCAAGCUACUCAAAAGGGUAUGUAUGGUAUGUGUGCAGAUCUCUUCAGUGGGCUCUUUUCUUGCUGGCCUCACUUACUUUAGGCUUACUGGGUUAUCAGCACCUUCCAGCCGCAUCCUUUCCCACCAAAACAACACAGCACCAAGACAAAAUGGUGUCCAGUGCAAAUUUUGACGCCCAGUUAGCUGCACUAAAGCCUCUUUUCCCAAGUCAGCAUUCCGAGCUGUGGAAAAGAAGUGAGAUCCAUCUAAAACAACACCUUAAACUGAAUGACCCUAGUCAGCCCGUAAGUAUGCUCUUGACUGCUGGUCGUAAGGCUGAGAAGACGCUAGGCUGCUUGGCACAACGUUUAGCAGCAGCCUUUUCUGCUGCCCUCAACACCUCUGUGGUGGACAUUGACGGGGCCAGCAAAACGGCUCACAACAGUGAUCAGGUGAAGCUGGACAUUGAUAGAGCGCUGAGAGAGGCUUUUGAUGGUGGUAAGCAAGCUGCUGUUAUCCACCGCUUUGAGGAACUUCCUCCUGGGUCCACGUUGAUCUUCUACCGCUACUGCGACCACGAGAAUGCCGCUUAUAAGAACGUCUUCUUAGUAUUCACUGUGCUGCUUCCGGUGGAUGAACUAGACUCUGAACUGAGUCUGAAUGUGGUGGAGGAGAAGGUGCAAGAGUAUCUGAAGGAUAAGUUUGUUUCCUCUGACAGGAUAGCCACGUUUAACCAGAUGGAUGUAGACAAACUGAGUGGGCUUUGGAGUAGAAUCUCCCAUCUCAUUCUGCCAGUGGCUGCAGAGCAGACAAUCGAAAAGCAUGGCUGUGAAGGCUGAUAGCCCAUAGCUAGAGGUACAUCACUUCUGGACCACUGUCACUGGAUUUGUAGGUAUUCUUUGUGCAGCUAAAUGGCUGGUGAUAUUUUCACUCAGCAAGGGCAUACAUGAUUUUCUUAUAUAAUUAUUAAUAAUAAUUCCAGAAUUACAUCUGUGAGACUGCCUUUCAAAAAAUGUAUAGAAAUCUAUUGUAAAAUGUGUUUACAUUUAUUUUUGUUCCACUGAAAACUCCUUGGAUGCUACAUUAAGAUGAGGGGUUUCUGUGAAGGAGAGCAUUUAAUGUCAAGUCUGUUGCAGUGAUUCCUGUUAGGAGCUAUAAUCCUAUAAAUGAAGAAGAAAAUAAUUUUUAACAUACAGUCGAAAAGUAGGAUUUGUUGUCAAAAUGUCUGCUUUAGCGUACAUCAGAGGCACCCAACUGUGCCCCUUCUGACCUUUAGGUAUCUUUUCUGACACAUGCUCUAAAUACAGAAGUCUUUCUGAAGAAUAAGGUCUGCUAGAUGAGGUUUGGAAUGUAAUUUAGCAAGGAGGAAGAUAACUCAAGAGGCAGGAUAAAGCAGGCCAAGAUACAUUGAAUUCAUCUCAGACACCAAUUACCUGUAGCUCAUAUUAUCAUAUAACAUAACUUUUUUACAACGGAGAUAAUGUAUUCUGAAUGCUGUUUUGUGCUCUGGGUAAUUAUUUUGCUUUUGACUGAAGUUACAAUGAUUAAAAAUGACAGUAUAUUUUUA